AUGGCGAAUCAACGCUGGACAGCCGAUAAAAAUAUACAGUUCAUUAAUGAAUACCAGCGAAACGAGUGUCUUUGGGAUCCAAAACACCCUGACUACAAAAAUAGAGAUGCCCGAGACGCGGGGUACAAAGCAAUUAUGGAGGUUAUGCAGAUGGAAAGUGUAAAAGAUGUAAUUUGCAAAAUACGAACACUUCGUAAUACUUACAACAAUGAAGUAAUGAAGACAAAAAAAUCGAAUACUACUGGUAUGGCAACCGAUGAACAGUAUAUCUCUAAAAUACCAUGGAUCCCUCAUAUGGAUUUUUUAAAAAAUACUGAUGGUUAUGCCAGAGGAAACACAGAAAAUUUGACACCCAACACUGCUUCACAGGGUUCAGCUUCAGGAUCCAGUAAUGAUGAGUUUACCAUACCACGCACACCUACAAGAAACAAAAGGAAAAUUGCAGAUCCGCUACUUAAAGCGGUACAUACAUUGGAACAGAUUUCCUCGCAACACGUGCCUAAUGCAGGCAAUGAUGAGUUUGCACUGUUUGGGCAAACCGUAGCUCAACAGCUACGACAGCUUCCUCUGGAAAUUGCUUUAGAAACAGAGGAGAUAAUUUUAUCAACAAUAAGAAGGCAACGAAUCAGUUCUUUGAAGCAACAGUCGUUAUCUCAACGCAAUUCAUCGCCACCAAGACCAAAGUCCACGGCUUCUGCCAGUAGUGCCAUCAAUAACGAUAAAGAAGAUGCAAAUCCCACUGGUUACAAUAACGAUGUACUUUCUCAAGCUAUUGCCAGCAUAACGGAGAGAGAAUUGGACUUUGAUGAGUAUUUUUAG